CGCGGGCGGCCGGCGCUGGGUGGGGCGGGAGGCGCACGGCCCGGCCCGGCCCCGUCCCGCCUCUCCGCUCCGCUCCCUGCGGGCACGGCCUGCGGCGGCCCGGCUGCCCCUCCGCCCGCCCGCGGGGAUGAGCGGGCUGCGGCGGCUGUUCCGCGGCAGCGGGCGGGCGCUGGCGUUCGUCUUCGCCGCCUCCGUCGUCUGGCUGCUGCUCGACAUGGCCGCGCUCCGCCUCUCCCUCGGCGACGCCGGCGGGCGGCUGCUGAGGGAGGCGGCGGGCGGCGGGCAGGGGCGGGCGGGGCGGCGCGGACCCCCGGCCCUCCCGGGCAGCCCCCGGCCCGGCCCCGCCGCAUUGGGCCGCGCAGGGAGGGCGGCCGCCCGCCGGGAGCCCCCCGGCCCGCCGAGCCACCCGCCCGCCGCCGGGCGCCCCGCGGGCCCGCUGGGGGCUCGGCCGGCCCCGCCGCGCUGGGCUGUCGGGCGGAGGGGCGGUGCGGGGGCCGCAGCCCCCUCGAGGGCAGCGGAGGAGGUUGAGACGGAGCCCGCGGGACGCGGAGCCAGGCGGCGGGGGGCACGGCCACCGCCCCCCAGCGAGCCCCCAGCCCCGGGGGCUGCCCGCCCAGCGGGGGCCCGGGGGACGGUGACGGGGGCACCCCGACACGCCGGCACGGUGGGGAGAGCCAGCCUGGCACCCCCGGGGGCCCUGCCUGCGCCGGGGGAAACUCCAGUGGGAAAGAAAGAAACUUCCUCGGAAAAUCACUUCGUGUUUAUUAGCAAAGAGGGGACAAAACUCGCCAGCGCAGCAGCCCCCCAGCUUGGAUCUGAGCCUGCAGGGAGCUCCACAAAGAGCCGAGGAAAGCGCAACGAGCAGCAGAUCGCUAACGAAAAUGGCAACGGUGCCCAUGCCGCGAACGCCAUCACCGGUGCCCAUACUGCCAACGCCAUUGACGGUGCCCGUACUGCCAAUGCCAUCACUGGGGCCACAGUGCUGGGUGGCCAGAGCCGGACGCUGGGUGCGACGCCGGGAGUGGGUCCCGGUGCGCCUGCCACCUUCGAGGACGGGCAGGAGCGGGCAGGUGGCAGCAGCCUGGGAACGCACAGGGUCUUGUCCCUGGAUGCGACACUUGCCCCCCGAGACCCCCAAGCUCCUGGCCAGUUUGGGCACCCUGUUGCGGUCCCUGACGAUAAACAAGAAGAAGCAAAAAGCAGAUGGAAAGAAGGGAACUUUAAUGUCUACCUCAGCGAUUUGAUCCCUGUGGACCGAGCCAUCGUGGACACCAGGCCUGCUGGGUGCUCUGAGCAGCGGGUUCAUGAUGACCUCCCGACCACCACCAUCAUCAUGUGCUUCGUGGAUGAAGUGUGGUCCACCCUGCUCCGCUCCGUUCACAGCGUCCUCGGCAGAUCUCCUCCACACCUGAUUGAAGAAGUCAUUUUGGUGGACGACUUCAGCACUAAAGAGUACCUCAAGGAGAAGCUGGACACAUACAUGUUGCAAUUCCCAAAGGUGAAGAUCCUCCAUCUCAAGGAGAGGCACGGUCUAAUACGGGCCAGGCUGGCAGGAGCAGAGAUCGCCAAAGGCGCCGUCCUGACCUUCCUGGACUCGCACGUGGAAUGCAACGUGGGGUGGCUGGAGCCGCUGCUGGAGAGGGUCCACCUGAGCCGGGCCAAGGUCGCCUGCCCUGUCAUCGAGGUCAUCAGCGACAAGGACAUGAGUUACAUGACCGUGGACAACUUUCAGCGUGGCAUUUUUACUUGGCCAAUGAAUUUUGGAUGGAGGCAGAUUCCACAAGAGGUCGUCGAGAAAAAUAAAAUCAAGGAGACGGAUAUAAUAAGGUGCCCGGUCAUGGCAGGUGGCCUGUUUUCCAUCGAUAAGAAGUAUUUUUUUGAGCUGGGAGCAUACGACCCAGGACUGGAUGUUUGGGGAGGUGAAAACAUGGAGAUUUCGUUCAAGGUCUGGAUGUGUGGUGGAGAGAUUGAGAUUGUUCCAUGCUCCAGAGUUGGGCACAUUUUCAGGAACGACAAUCCUUAUUCCUUCCCAAAAGAUCGGGUGAGAACGGUGGAGAGGAACUUGGCCCGCGUUGCAGAGGUCUGGCUGGACGAGUACAAGGAGUUAUUCUACGGCCACGCUUACCACUUGGUUUUGAAAAACCUGGAUGUUGGCAACCUGACUCAACAAAUCCAACUGCGAAAGAAGCUUCAGUGCAAAAGUUUCAGGUGGUACCUGGAGAAUGUCUACCCAGACCUGGAAGCUCCCCUGGUUAAAGCCAGCGGGCUGCUUGUUAACAUAGCCAUGGCAAGAUGCAUCACUGUGGAAAACACCACUCUAGCUUUUGAGGCGUGCGAUGUUAACAACAAGGACCAAAAGUUCAACUACACCUGGCUGCGGCGGAUCCAGCACGGAGAGCUCUGCCUCGCCCCGGCCGGCGCCGCAGGAGCGCUGGGGCUGCGCCGCUGCCAGGGACGGAGCCGCAGCCCCACCUGGCUGCACAGGUCACUGGCCACCAUCCAGCCGGACCUGACGGACCACAUCAUCUCAGAGCACCUGCAGCAGCCGGCGUGCUUGGAAGUGGAUCCCUCGCACAAAGCCCUGAGGGUCAAUGCCUGUGACUCCGCAAAUCCUUAUCAAAAGUGGCAGUUUGGCAAUUACUAUGCAGACUGAAGGGAGCACAGUUGAACCAGAAACGCUGGGUUUUCAUCUUGUGAAUUCAGCAAGGACUUGUGAAGUCAGCUGCGCGACUUGUGACAGCAAUUAGAAAACUGGAAGCUCAUUUCCAAAUGAUAAUUGAAAUCCCUAAUUCAAACCAGCAUAUUGAGAGAUCAGAAUACCAAGAGCAGCACAUCUGGUUUAAAGAUGUCUGAAACAGGUAGGCGUGCUUUCCCUCACUGUGGAAGACCUUGGCAAAAACUCAAAUAAUUUUCUGUAUUAUUAAAUGGAAAUAUUUUCUGAAGUCUCCCAUCCUACCGUAAACAAACCUUCCUCAGUUCCCCCCGGACAACAGCAUAAGCUACAGAAAUACUUCCAGGGCUCUGUAGUCUAUAAACAGAAAAUUGGGCUGCUUAUUCUUCCCCAGCCUGAGAAAUGGAAGUUUAUUGACCAGCGCAUUAAAAAAAUCCAUCCGACGUGCCCAUGCUGGGUCUGGCCACAGGAUCCUGCCCUGUGGGACCCGUUGCCUCUGACAGAUGAGUAUCAGGGUUCCGUUGGAAUCGAUUGCUUAUCGAAAAAGCCUUCUUUUAAUAAUGGAAGGCAAAUGUGGGUCGAUAAGCCACCCAGCAGAGGAGGAAAACUGGGGGCUGCAGAAGAAGCAAGGAGCACGCCUUGCUCACGCCCCGGGGACAGGGGGGUGUGUUCCCCUGUGUUGCUUGGAGGUGAGGGGAGCUGCCGGGCCGGCAAACCGGGGCUUAUCCUGCUUCUUGCCGGUGGCGUGCACCAGCACUCCUCAUCCCAGGGCGGCGGGGCUGUGUCCCCCAGCCCCUACGGCUUUUUCGGGGCUCCCCAGGGACCACUGCCGCUUUCCUUGGCCCCCGGCUGGCUGGGGCACGGGGUUGUGCUGGAGCCCGGUGGUGCUCGGUGCAGCCCUGAGCAGUGUCCUCCCCACCGUGGUGGAGGGAGGGCAGAGACCCCUGGCAGGACGUCUCACAACCCAAAACUUCUACCUGCCGGCGCUCAGGAUGGGUGAAAACACCUGCUGAACUGGGUGAGGGCUCUGCCUCAGAAACAGAGCUGGCUGCAGAACACAACUGCGUGCGGGCACACACCUUUCGUGGGGGCUGUCACAGAGGUGGACACAGGACCUCACUGGCACCAGCCACCACACAAGCAGGGGUGGCCGGGCUCUGCGCACCAAAAGUCCCUCCAAACUUACCAUCACGGGCAUGUUUCUUUUUUCUUACUGUGAAAUUUUUUAUUUCCAAGAGCCAUCACUGGCUGAUGACGCAUUGGAUAGGAAACUAAACUGAGGUCCAGGAUUGGUAACACCGGUGCAUCCCAGGCGGGAUUUCUUCCCCGGUUUCUGUUGGGAAGUUCCCGCAGUGGAGGCUGCUCCCCGUGUCCCUGGGGGACAGCAGCACUCCUCCUGCUGCCCUGCGCCGGGCCGAGGGGCUUCUGCAGCACAAGCCUUGGGGGACGCGCAGGGCUGAGCGUUGCACUCCAUCCUCAUGCCGCGGGUGACCGCGUCUGAGCCUCCACCCUCCCGUGUUCACACAACACCUCACACCUCUCCUCCGGUCUUUCGGAAUGCCCCGGCAUAACGUUACCUCUCACGUGGGGGAUCAGUGCUGACAGCGUCUGACAGGCUGCAGCUGACAAAAUAUUGACUGGCCCAACAGAUUUCCCCAGUUGGCUCCCAUUCCAGCUGUCUCCCCGAUUUUCUCUCCCUCCGUUAGUGCAGCUCGCCUGCAGUCACCAUCAGAAAAAUGACACAGGCGUUGUUUGUGCAGUCAUCUUUUAUCAGGAGCAUGAAUUUCAGCAAAUUCUGAUUGCUGACAUUCAAUCGCUUGUCACCGGGCAGGCACCCAACGGUCAUAUGUCACGGUCACAUCCCAUUGCCAGGCUUGUCACUCGCGCUCUGCUGCCCCGUUCGGGUAAAUGCUCACUUCCACGUUGGUGUCUGUUGCUCACAGCCGGGAGCGUGCCCUGGGGCUGCCGGCAGUGAGCUGCAGCCCUGCCGUAGCACACUGUUGAGGGGCGUCGGGAUGGCACCGCGCUGCCUGUGCUGCCUAAAACAAGUGUGUCUUUUCUGUCCCGCUUGGCAGCCGUGGGGAUCGGCGUCUCGCUGCUCCUCACGAGCUGCCCGCUCCCUCUGCCAUCUCCGCCGGGGGCGUGGGGGCCAGGGAGGCUUUGUGGGCCGUAGGGAAUGGAGGAAGCACCAGGGGUGGGAAGGUCCACGGCUGGGGACGGGGAUGGGAGCUGCUGCCAUCCCCAGUGUCGGCAAAGGGAAACACGCGGCUUUUCCGACCGUGAACAAAUGCAUGGGCACGGCAUGGCGUGCUGUGCUGCCAUCCCUAAGUGCCCUGAAUGGAAGUGGCGAUGGUUGGAGGCCCUGUUUGUUUUAUUUAAUUAAAAAAAAUAAAGUUUCAGAAAAGGGAACACAUGAUAAUAGAUGAAGCUUCUUCCUCUGAGCCCCAUGUGUUAACUCUCUGACCAAUUCAGGCCUUUCCAGGGACUCUCCUGCCCUAGUAGCUGCCAGGGCAACCCCAAAACAUGGCCCCAGGAAGAACUGCUAAACCACCAAUUUCCCCUGGUUUAGGGUUGUGCUAAAAAGCCCUAAAAACCUAAAAAGCACAGCCCCAUGUGCUGAUGAUGCCCGUGUAGCGCGCUGUUAGUGCAGCAAUGGCAACAGCCGGCGCUGGCUGCUGUGCCCUGCGGCUGCUGCAGGUGUUGUGGCAACUGGCACGUUUCUGCCGAGAUGGUUUCAUUCCCAUUCAAGUUGGGCGCGCGGUGCUCCUGCCAACGCCUCCCGCAGGGGAGCCAGCCCCGCGCCACGCUGCCCGGAGAGGGGGGAAAGGCAUCUCAACCCUCCAGAAGGCCUCGAUGUACCUCGCACCUGCCGUCAGCCCUCACCUGGCUGUUCUCAGCUGACCAAACUCUGCUGUCCAAGGAAGAUAAAAAACUAGUCCAAGUUUCUUGAAAGUCUCGGCAAGGCUCCGCGCUGAGCUGGAACCUGAGCCCACAGUACACCCAGCAUCGCAUCCCUGCGCUUGGAGGCUGGAAUCUGGAGUCUACCUGUCACCUGGGGUAUAAGCCAGAUGUUAAACACGGUUACAGACAGACGUAUGAUAAAAGGAGAAAAAAAAUCUGCCUUUUGCUAAAGCGAGCACAGGGCUCAGCCAGCCGUGCCUCUCCCUGCGAUACAGACAGCUUCUCCUGCUGUCCCACGGCG